AGACAUCCAACCUGUCCCUUCGCCGAGCAUCCAUCAUAGAACCUCCCAAGCCCUUAGUUUCCUCCCUCUUCUUUUGAAUUAGUUACCAUUUUUACCACCAUGGCUCCCGCCGUCGCGUCUUCAGCGUUAUUCGCAGCAACCUCGGCUGUUCCCUGCUCGCUCGUGAGCCUGUCGCACGCCACCUCCUGCAGACCGUCGCACGCUUCGACUGUCGCCGAAUGUGGGUUGUCGCCAACACGAUGCGGUUCUUCUGCUGCAUCGUCCACGCGUGCGACGUCGCAUCUCCACUCUGAGUUCGUCGCCUCGCGAUCGGAGAUCGCUCGCCGCGUCACGCGCAGCGACUCUCGUCGCACGCGGUCGUCGCGUACGACGACGCCCUCGUGCUCGCUGCCGUCGCUGGAGGAGACCCCUGCGACGCCCGUGUUCGCCAGCGACGGCGCCGUGGCUGCCUUCCCCGCAGCGUCAGGCAUCUAUGCUAUCUACGAUACAGCAGGCGCGCUGCAGUACAUGGGGCUGUCGCGGCGGCUGGCGGCGAGCCUGCAGGCGCACGCGGAGGACCUGCCAGAGAUGUGCGGCGCAGUCAAGCUAGUGGUGGUGGCAGCAACGGACAAGGCGGCGCUGGUGGAUGCGUGGAAGGCGUGGAUGCAGGAGCAUGUGGCGGGCACGGGCAAGGUGCCCCCGGGCAACGAGAGUGGCAACACCACGUGGACCACCCGCCGCGCCAAGCGCGUCAAGCCCGACCUGCGCAUCGUGCCGGGCCCGCACGUCAAGCUCACCAUCCCGCUCACCGAGCUCAUUGACAAGCUGGUGAAGGAGAACAGAGUCGUUGCUUUUAUCAAGGGCACUCGCAUCUCUCCCCAGUGCGGCUUCUCCCACCGCGUGCUGACGCUGCUGAACGAGGCGAGGGUGGACUACGAGACGCUGAACGUGCUGGACGAGGACCACAACCCGGGGCUCCGAGAGGCCAUCAAGGAGUACAGCCAAUGGCCCACCAUCCCUCAGAUCUUUGUGAACGGGGAGUUCAUCGGAGGGGCGGACAUUCUUGAGGAGAUGGCUCAGUCGGGGGAGCUCAAGCAGGCCCUCGCAGCCCCGCAGCAACAGACAGCCUCAGCCUAGUUGACUCCACACAUGUUCUUGGGUGCUGCUGCUGGCAGUUCAGCCUAGUUGUAGUUGACUUGACAGUGGUUUGUGGCUGCUGCUGCUGCUGCUGUGGCUUCUAGAACGGGUGCCUCAGCAGUGUGUGUGAUGUUUAGGAGACCAAUACCCUUCUGUGAUGGCAUGCGACAAGAGUCUUCCAGGGAACGUUAUUGAUUUCGCCUUGCUGUAUGACGUUAGGCAGUUUCACUAUUGGAGGUCUCUUCAUCUGUUACACUCAUCCCAUAGUUGUGCCUGUCCUUCCCUGGCACUGGUACUUGAUACCAUUUACUGCUUCCA